AUGGCGGCGCUGCGUGGCAGAUGCGUAGCUGCCGCGGUGCCGCGUCACGCGCAGCUGCUUGCUGUGCCGCGCCGCGCCGCGACUAUUUGUCAGCCAGCCCGUCUGUCAGGCGGCCGCAAACGCCUCACUCGCCUCUCCGCCUCGGAGGCCUUUCAUACUUGUUUUAUUUGGAUCGAUUUUGCCAUGGCGUCAAUGGAGCAGUACUUUUGCAAGGUCGUCACAUACAUGUCAGAAGCGCAUCUACAGCAGCAGCAGCAGCGCAAGCUGAGACCCAAGAAGCACCGCUGCCCGCACUGCCACGUCGCCUUCAGCAACAACGGUCAGCUGCGGGGCCACGUGCGCAUCCACACAGGCGAGCGUCCAUUCCGGUGCAGCUGCGGCAAGAGCUUCACGCGCAACGAGGAGCUGACUCGCCACAAGCGCAUCCACUCCGGGGUGCGGCCGUACGCCUGCUCCGUCUGCGAGAAGCGUUUCGGUCGCAAGGACCAUCUUAAGAAGCACGCGCGCACGCACGCACCGCCGCUGGCCGUGCCGCUGCAGUUCCCGCUGCCCUACCCGCUGCCCUUCUUGUACGGGCUGUAA